AAACUGAAGACAUGUGGAUUGGCCCAGAUAUGCCUCCAGGGACCUGUGCUGUCUGGAUUUCAUUUAUGUCCACUUACCGGGCGAAGAUAACUACCAAUACUCUACAUUACAGCGCAAACCUUGACUGUCACAUUUCGUGCUUACGUGGCCUGCAAGGCUCAGACUGUCUCAAACAGGAUCGACAGGCGUCCGUUCAUUCUAGUCUUGACGAAAAUUCCACGUCUGAAAUUCACGCGCUACCAACUAUUUUGAAAGACCAGCUGUAAGAAAUCCGAGGGUGACCGAAAUGGCCCAGAUUAAUGUCGAGGGGCAUCUCCUCGAGCGAGCUGCGUUGCUCGAGCAAGAGAAAACCCGUCGGCAUGACUAUGCCUUCAAAACGAGCAUGUCCCCGGUCGCUCGGACUGCGGCAAAGAUUGUUAGACGCAUCCGGGCGGAAGAGUUGCAGUCAUUUUGGACGGGGCCAGCGGCACCCGAAGGCAGUCGAGAUUUGAAAGAAGUAAUGUUUCCUGGCAUGUCCUUUGCCCUGUCGCGAGAUCGGAUGGAGCAAACCUCCAUGUGGAAAAUCGUCGCUGCCAUGCCCAAAGGCUGUCUUUUGCAUGCGCACAUGGAGGCUAUGAUCGACAUUGACUGGCUUCUUGAUCAGGCCCUGGAAAUCCCGGGGUUCUUCCUGGCCAGCCCGGAACCCCUGUGUGCGGAUAACUCGAAAUGCUUCCAGAUAUUUGGAUUUCAUUAUCGCCCCGGGAGGCAAACUCACUGUACGGCAAACAUCUGGCAAUCGAGUUACCUACCCAAUGAGAUGGUGCCGCUUGCCGAUGUAGCUCGCACACAUCCUGGCGGGCUGUCCGCUUUCAAAUCUUGGGCGGCCUCGAGGAUGUCGAUCCAUGAUGAAGAGGCCCUUCAGCAUCACCACGGGAUUGCUGAUAUCUGGAAGAAAUUCACAUUCUGUUUCCGUGCUAUUGGUGGUCUGUUCUACACCGAGCCUAUCUUCCGACGGUGUAUUCCAAGGCUUUUCCAGCAGCUGCAUGAUGACGGAAUCAAAUACGUCGAGCUGCGCAUGGCUCUGGGGCAUCAUCCUUUUUACCGUGAGGGCUCAGAAACAGCCGAUGCUGAUUUCUUGUACUUUUGCAGAUGCUUCCAGGAGGAACUUGAUCGUUACAAAUCAUCCCCCCAAGGGACGGCUUUUUGGGAUGCCAGGAUCAUUUGGACUGCUAUUCGCAGUUUUCCCGAUCAAUCCAUCCAGAAUUCCAUGAUAAAUUGCAUCGAAUGCAAGGAAGCGUAUCCGUCCCUCAUAGCAGGUUUUGAUUUCGUUGGACAAGAAGAUCUCGGUCGACCUUUGAUUGACCUUUUACCGCUAUGUAAGUGGUUCCGGCAACAAUGCAGCGAUAGGAAUCUCCGAAUCCCUUUCUUCUUGCACGCUGGCGAAUGCCUAGGUGAUGGUGACAGCACCGAUAGCAACCUUGUGGACGCCAUAUUAUUAGACUCCCGCAGAAUCGGCCACGCGUUUUCACUAUACAAGCAUCCCCUUCUGAUUGACCUGGUGAAGGAAAAGAAGAUUCUUGUGGAAAUGUGCCCAAUAUCACACGAAGUUCUACGCCUUACAUCAAAUAUCAUGAUGCACCCUAUGCCAGCUUUACUUUCCCGUGGGGUGGCUGUCUCACUCAGCAAUGAUGACCCGGCGGUUCUAGGCCAUGGCAAAAACGGAUUGAGCCAUGAUUUUUACCAGGUCUUGGCUGCCUUUGAGAAUGUCGGCCUCUCCGGCCUUGCAACUAUGGCGGAGGAUAGUAUCAGGUGGGCUGCGUUUCAAGAUGAGACCGAUCUCGAAUGGUUGGAAAGAAUAAAUGAGGGUAGUAAAGGGUUGAAAGCAUCUAGGAUUGCGGAGUGGAGAUCCGAUUUCGAACAUUGGUGUAGAUGGAUAGUUGAAAAUUUUGCCGUACAGAGCCUGGAUGCGGAUUGAUACAGAAGGCAAGAACACUACCCGCAUACUAACUGCAACAACGAAUCCUUUCCAAAUUAUCUGAAAAUGGGCAAUACCAACCCUCGUCUCUACUUGUCUGAUAAGUACGACCUUUGGGCGGCUAGAGGUAAUACGACAUGACAUCUCGCGUCUUCAACAUAUAAUGAGGGUAAACAUACAAUUAUUUCCUCCACACACCCUUCCUUCAUCACAAUAUAAUCCCUAACAAGGCUCCAGACGAUCGAAGAAGUGUAGCAGUCCGUGGCCUCUAUUAUUACAAUCCUGUGACUACUAUAUCGUUCCAAGGUUGAACUGACUGAGUCCAUCGUGAGCCCACAUAUUGGUUCACCAAAGUGGUGAUUCAUACAAGGGUCGUUGAAUUAAAGGCCGGUCAGUGUGGUAGUUAAGGGACGUAAGAUUUACAUCCACUAAGCCAUUUCAUCAGAUAUUGCCUCC